AUGAACCCUAGCGUCUUCCACCUCGCGCCGCCGGACAUGUCCACCCGCCACCUCACUCCAACCAAUCGCGUGCUGCCACGUCGCCUUCCUCGCCGCCACAGCCAACCGGCGCGCGCCACCUCACCCGCCUCUCUCUCCUCUGCCGCCGCCGGCCCGCGCGGCCCGUCCGCCGCCGCCGCCUGCCCGAGCGCCUGCCGCGCCGCGCGCCUGUCCCGCCGCCGCAGCGACUCGCGGGCGCCGCCGCCGCAGCUCCUUCCUCCGCCGCCUAGCUCCUCCCCGCCGGCGCCGAGCCGCCCCGCGCGCCUCCUCUCUCCUCCGCCAUGGCCACCGCCCGGCCGCGCCGCUCCUCGCCGCCCCGCCGGCGUGCGCCGCCCGCCCCGCCGCCGGUGUGCCCUCGCCUCGCCCUCGACCGCGCCCCGGCCAGAUCCGCCGCCCCUCGCCGGCGCCGCGCCAUCCCCGGCCGCCUCCCUCUGCUCCGGCCUCUCUCCGGCGAGACGAGCCACGAGCCCGAUCUGGACGACCCGCGUUGACUUCGUCCCCCCCCCCUCGAGGUCGAAAUAUUCCUAA